CUUGAACAUCCACAGCUUGACCUAAAAUGCCUCGACGGCCUCGUCCUGCCCACAGACGUCCACCUAAAAGAGCUAUUUUACAUGAGGAAACCUCGAAGCUCAAACAGGAUCUGACAAGGGGUGCUUCCAGACGCCAUGAUCCAACGUCUCCACAUGAACGCGACGAGGAAAGCGAGGCAGAGUCCAGCACAUUUGAACAGUCUGCGGAAGGGGUAGAAGCUGUAGCGGGUCCCGCGUUGGACGGCUCAGACGAUGAUGAUGAGGGCCAUGAGGAACAGUUACUUGAGGAUAUAGACAUCGAUGCAGCCCGCGUUGCGCAAUGGGUUGAUGAAGAGGAGCUCGACGAAAUGGAUGGGGAUGAGAGCGAAUCCGAGCCCAGCAGUGCCGAGGAGGAAGGGGCCGAUCUUGAAAAUGAUCUCGCAUCCUUGCCAUUUGGCGCUUUGCGCAACGCUCAGAAAGCGUUAGCUCGUGCUCGAGCGAUGAGCGAAUCGGACGAGGAGGAGGAGAUAGCUGAUUCUGAGCCAGAAUUGAUAGCUUCCGGUUCGGAUGUCAAAGGCAAAGGCAGGGAGGUAGAUGCACCCCCAAAGCCUAAGCCAGAAAUUCCGAAGAGGAACAACAAGCAUGCCCCAACUGAAGUCAGCUCAAAAAAGCCUGUGCCUCGGAAAAAGCUGGGUGUGGAGGGAGAGAAAGUAGUCCCUCGCGAUCCGCGAUUCCUGCCUCUUACAGGUGAAUUUUCCGCGAAGAGAUUCCAGUCUCAGUACGGAUUCCUGGCGGGGAUGCACACAGAAGAAAUGAAGGCGUUGAAAGGGAACUUGAAGCGUGCUCGGGAGCUAUUGUUUAGUUCUCCAAGAAACCUUAGAGAAGAACGAGAAAAGGAAGUGCAGAGGCUGGAGCGUGCUUUCAAGCGAGCGGAAAGCAUGGUGAACAAGGACAGGCGGGGAAAGGUGGAAGAGGAGGCGCUGGACCGAGCGGCUAAGGAGGAGAAGGAGAAAAGGAAAGCUGGAAAGGGAGCAUGGCACAUGAAGAAUUCGAACAAGAAAGAACUGCUAAUGCGGGCCAAAUACGAGGCUCUUGCAGCUUCGGGCGGACGAAGCGCAGUGAGAAAGGCGAUAGAGAAGAAGCAGAAAAAGGAGACGCAGAAAGAGAAGAAGCGAAGGCCGUUUGCUCCGGGGCCAGCUCAGGGCGUAGAGCGGAAACGGUCCAAUACUGGAUCCGGAGAUGGUGGCCCCAGGAACAGCAAGCGGCGAAGAGAGGAAUAAAUACAUCGAUUUCUGCUAUGUGUAUGUUCUACUGUACAAUGCUGGGCAGGGACUCAGUCACG